AUAUCAACGAACAUAUUUCACCUCUUAGUUUACGAUGAGAGCGUCUCGUUUCUUGGGACCGCUAAUUGCCGGUAUAUUGGGUGUUCCAGACCUUGUGGGUGCAUCUCCAGGGGAUGAUCUCUAUAUUUUUGACGAUUGUUUGUUCCAAUGUGAACAGAUCACAUGUCAUAACAAUCAUUAUUAUAUACAUCAUCACGUUGAAUUCCAUAAUGACAAUGAAGAAAACCAUGGAAACCAUGAUUUACCGUAUCAUCCAGAAUGGUCCUUUGACCGGGAGCCGUUACCCGCAUACAUGAAGCUCAUGGGCUGGGAUUGUGGUCUGAAUUGUGACUAUCAAUGCCAACGUAUAAUUACCAAAGACAGACUCAAUAAUAACGAGGAAGUGUUACAAUUCCAUGGGAAAUGGCCAUUUUUAAGAAUCUUUGGGAUCCAAGAAUUGGCAUCCGUUAUAUUUUCCGUGGGGAAUUUCAUUCCUCAUUUCAUUGGUGCUCGUAAGAUCAUUCAAGCAAUGAAGCUGGAACUGUCAUGGACAAACUCAUUCCAAUACAUUAAUACGCUAGCCAUGGCUAUAAUUACAAUGGGUGCGUGGACGGCAUCCCUGGUGUUCCACGUGAGAGACACCGAACUUACUGAGAAAAUAGAUUACUUUUUGGCUGGACUUACUGUGUUAGCAGGGUUCCAUGGUAUUGCUCAAAGAGUGGGUAAUUUGUAUCUACCAGUUAAUAGAAUUCAAUCGUUAGCUUUGACUGCCAUCUGUGUCUUGGUUUACACUUUACACGUUUAUCGAUUAGUCACAGACUGGCUGUACACGUAUAACAUGCAAGCCAACGUGGCGGUGGCUCUACUUCAAAACGCAUGUUGGUGCACUUUAUGUUUCCGUUUAUAUUCACAUUUCUAUGAAUUGGAAUCUUCUGUUGAUGAAUCACUGACAAAAUUACAACGUCAUCAUCAUCUUAAUUACAUAGAUCCACAUAGAAUCAUUCUUCCUAGUUUCUAUGCCGCUUCACCAAAGCUUUACUCCUUAUAUCCACUCCUCUUAUCAUCGAUUGUGGUGGUUGGUAUGGCCCUUGAAAUCUUUGAUUUCCCACCGUUUUUCUUUGAUUUGAUCGAUGCACAUGCCUUGUGGCAUUUGGUUACCAUAAUACCUGCUACCUAUGGAUUGUACGACUGGAUUAUCUGGGACACAAAGGAAAAUGUGAUUUCAGAAUUGGAUCAAUUGAAUGAAAUUAAAGAGAGAUAGAAAGAUUCAAACGUGCAGAGGUUGAGUCUAUAUAUAAUUUAAAAGGAGAUAUACAACUCCCUCCUCUUGUAUUUUUCAAUUCAUUUUUUAUUGACAUAUUUAUAACAUAGAGAUAACUUGUAUGUAUUUAUAAGAUAAAGACAUU